AUGCCUAACAAAAAAUCUUUGUUUUUAACUUCUACAAUACCCACCAAUUUCGAAGUUUGGGACAAGACUAACCCAAAUGCACUAGCAAACAAAUUUCUUGAAGCCUCAUUCCUACUUAUUGGAAUGACCUUGCUUCAUAAUUUUAGUUCGGCAACAAGGUGCUCAACUAUUAAUUUCAAAUUUUGA